AUGCAAACAUACAUACUGGACUACGGUACAAUAACUUAUCCACUUAGACAAUUGAUCAAAGAGAAAGCCGAAUGGACAUCCGAAUGUAAACAUGCCUUUGCUACUUUGAAAAGCGCUUUGAGUAGUGAAUCGUGCUUAGCAUAUUUUGAUGAAAACAAAGAGACAUUUAUGUUUACAGACGCUAGCCCAUAUGGUAUAUCCGCCGUAUUGUUGCAGAAAAGCAACGGUAAAGAUGAUGUUAAGGUUAUAUCAUAUUCAUCCAAAUCCUUCAUAGAAACUGAAAUGAAAUAUGCGCAAAUCGAAAGAGAAUGUUUAAGCAUCGUUUACGGAUGCAAAAAAGAUCGCUUGUACUUAAUCGCUAGAGAGUUCACCAUAUUCAACGACCAAAAAGCAUUAGUCAAUCUCUUAAGUAACCCAAAAUCCACGAUACCUCUGCGAAUCGAGCGACUAACACUUCGACUUCAAGGUUACAACUUCACAAUAAAACAUGUAAAGAGUGCAGAAAACAUAUCAGAUUACGCUAGCAGAUACCCUCACACCUUUAGCGACGACAAAAAAAGCAACGGUAUAGAAGAAUAUGUAAACUUUACAGCCACAUAUGCCUGUCCAAAAGCGAUUACCCUAGACGAUAUUAAAACCCAAACUUCACAAGAUAAAAUAUGUCAACAUCUAGCCAGUAUUAUAGGAAAGAACAACUGGCACCUACUAGACAAACCGACUAACUACCCUGAUUUAAGUAGCAAAGAACUAGACGAGCUGAAGCAUUACCGCAAGUUCAAACACGAACUCACCCUCAUCAAGGACACCAAGGUGUUACUCAGAUCGAAAGUUUAUUUUCAAGGAAUAGACGAUUUGGUUGAAAAGAAAAUUUCAAACUACAUUCCAUGCCAAGCUGUUACACCAACAAGAGCAGAUGCGCCUAUCAGAAUAAUGGAUAUACCCGAACAAGUUUGGGAAACUUUGAACAUUGAUUUUCUUGGACCAUUUCCCACAGGAUACUACCUAUUUGUCGUGAUCGACCAAAGAUCUAAGUUUCCAGAGGUGGAAUUUCUCAAGAGUACCAAAGCCGAAAUACUGAUACCUUGUUUAGAUAGAAUGUUUAGCACAUACGGUAAUCCACGCAACGUUAUCUCCGAUAAUGGCCCACCAUUCAGCUCGCAGAAAAUCAAAUCUUACUUCAAACAAAGGGGAAUAAAACACAGACGGAUCACUCCACUAUGGCCACAGGCAAACGCAGAAGCAGAACGAUUUAUGCAACCGCUUAAUAAAAUAAUGAGGACAGCUAAACUAGAACACAAGGAUUGGAGGAAUGAAGUUUAUAGAUUCUUAUUUGCUUACCGCUCCACACCUCAUAGUACCACCAAAGUUGCCCCUUCAGAACUGAUGUUCAAUAGAAAAAUUAGUUACUCAAUACCAUCAAUAGACAACAAACUAACAUACGAAAACCAGCAACAAAUAGCCACUGACAAUGACAAAGCGGCCAAAAUAAAGAACAAACAGUACGCAGAUGAACGUCGACAUACGAAAGAACCAUCGUUAUGUGAAGGAGACCGUGUCGUUGUUGUACAGCAUACAACCCUACAGAGUUACGAAAAUAAAUGA